AUGGUCACUCCUGCAGGCUUCCACUGCUACCGGCAUCUCUACAUGGGGGUGUUGGACCCCAGCCAGGGCGUUCCCUACUUCACCGCCAUGAGCUAUGUGGACGACCAGAAAAUUCUACACUACGACAGUGAGACGCGGAGACAGGAGCCGCGUGAGGACUGGGUGCAGGGCACUGUCGGACCAGACUUCUGGGACAGGGAAACCAGGAGCUUGUGGGGCUGGCAGGGGGGAUUUCAAUCAAACCUUGUCACCCUGUGGUAUUGCUACAACCAGACCAGCGGUGAGUGUGAGCAGGCAGGGUCUCACAUACUUCAUCUCAUGUACGGCUGUGAGCUCCACGAAGACAACAGCACUGGAGGGUCCAUGCGGUUUGGCUACGAUGGGGGAGACUUCAUCAGCUAUGACCUGAGAACACGCACCUGGGUAGCAGAAACAACACAGGCCCAGGUCACCCAGCGCAGGUGGAAUGAGGAUAAGGCCCUUCUUCAGGAUGCAAGAGCCUACCUGGAGGAGACCUGCACCACGUGGCUGCGGAAGUACCUGCAGCACGGGGAGGCAGCACUGCAGAGCAAGCAUCCCGUGGCACAGGUGAGCAACAGGCCGUCCUGGGACAGAUGCACCAUCGUGUCCUGCCAGGUCCACAGCUUCUACCCCAGAGACGUGGCUGUUGUCUGGCUGAAGAACGGGGAGGCACAGCCCCAGGAGACAAACCGCUCGGGGGUCCUUCCCAGUGGAGAUGGAACCUACCAGACCUGGGCCACCAUCGAGAUUGACCCAAGCAGCAACCACAACUACACCUGCAGUGUGGAGCACAAGAGCCUGGGUGCAGCCCUGAGAGUGGCCUGGGACAAAGGCAGGACGGAGUCCGACCCGAUGCAGAUUGAAGGCAUUGUUAUUGCUGUCGGUGUCAUUGCGCAGCUUGUUGCCAUGGCAGGCACAGGUGUUUGCUGCGUCACCCAAGAAGCCGUGGAGAGGGAAGCCUUCGAAGCUGCGGAGAAGGAAGCUGUGGAAAGCGAAGCCUCUGAUGCCAUGGAGAGGGAAGCCUUGGAGAGCGAAGCUUUGGCGAGCAAAGCCUUGGCAAGCUCCAGUGAGUGUCAGCAUGAUGGACCCGACGCAGGGGAAGGGCGGCUGGGCCCGGGGGCAGAGCAGCUGAAGUCUCACCACGGCAUGUGGGCCAACUUGACUGUGAACACUGAGCCUGGGUGA